CUGACAGAUAAGGCUCAUUACGUUUCUAGGUAUAGAACAGUGACAGCAGCAUAUGCCCAAUACUUAGUAGUUUAAAUAGAGACGCUAUUAUAGUAUCAAACAAUAUGGAUUCUGAAGUGAAAAAUGUAGAAACUCUAUUGUCAUUGAGAAAGUUUCAUGUCUCUGAAGACUGUGGGUUUAUUCUUCCAGAGCCUCUGACAGACCUUCCGUUGUACUACAAGCCCUGGAUGGACAUUGCCAAAAAUGUUCCAGAACUCAUCUCUUCCCAUUUCUUACGCUGUAGAAUUCAUGAUAUGCCUCUGUUGGAGACUCACUUUUUGCAGACCCAUCGAGAGCUGCGUUUGGCCCAUCUGGCUUUGAGUGUGAUGACUAUGGGUUACGUAUGGCAGGAGGGAGCGAGAGAAGCAGUUAAAGUGCUGCCACAAAAUUUGGCUGUGCCAUUCUGGGAGGUGUCUCAGAGACUGGGUCUGCCCCCAAUCCUCAUCCAUGGUGAUACAGUCCUUGCCAACUGGAAGAAAACAGACCCAAAUGGACCUUUUUCCAUUGAAAACUUGGAGUUGCUGUUGACAUUGCCUGGAGGCGAAAGCACAAGAGGGUUUUUUCUAGUUACACUGCUUGUGGAGUUGGCAGCUGUCCCUGGCCUGAAGUCCAUCCCUGAAGUUGUCAGCGGUGUCCAUUAUAAUGAUGUUGCUAUGGUCACCAAAGCUCUUGAUGUUGUCAGUCAGGCCAUAGGCAACAUGAAGCAGGCCCUCAAACUAAUGCACGAGUAUGUAGAUCCCUUUGUAUUCUAUGGUAUUUUGAGGAUCUAUCUGUCUGGGUGGAAAGAUAACCCAUCGAUAGCAGAGGGUCUGGUGUAUGAAGGAGUUCAAGAAAAGCCAGUGGAGUUUUCAGGGGGCAGUGCUGCACAGAGCAGUAUCUUGCACUGCUUUGAUGAACUGCUGGGAGUCAAGCAUGAAGGAGACAGUGGGGCCUUUCUGAGAAGAAUGAGGGACUACAUGCCCCCAUCUCAUAAGCAUUUCAUCGAGGACAUUUCUAGCCGCCCGUCCCUGCGCAAUUUUGUGCUCCAGCAAGCAGACGAGUGUCUAACGCACACAUUUGAACAAUGUGUGGCUCGAUUGGUGGACUUUCGAAAUUACCACAUCAACAUUGUCACCCGUUAUAUCACUAUACCGGCCUCUCGUGCCAAACAGCUCCGUGCUAGUGGGCAGGGAUUGGUCGAGGAGCUGGACACAAUCAAGAAAGCACCCACAGCGCUUGAGGAAAGAGGGACUGGAGGUUCUAGCAUUAUGAUCUUUCUGAAGACGGUACGAGAUGAAACCAAAGACAGUUCCAACUCACAAUAUACUAGUGGGAAGCAAGUCUUGCCAGACCCAUCAAUGACGACAAUACAGGAGGCAACAUCUGAGCUUACAAUAUAAUGGCAAUAAAGUCAAAGUAAGCUUCCUACAUGUAAUACUCUAAAAAAUAAAUAAAGUGUAAGAGAAACACCUAUAUUAGUCUCAAAGAAGAGAUAAAGCCAACAUUCCAUACAUUCCCAUUAUGGUAGGGUCCUAUAAUCUGAGACCACAUUGAAAAUAUUUUUUCCUCCUUCAUUUAAACCUGUAAAUCAACAACAUUUUCAGAUAUGGAGAAAUUUAAAAUAAAGAAAAGGUAUGAUGUAAAAUGAGAACGAACUGUUUAACAUUCUGCACUAUUUGUAUGCCACUAAUUAAAUGUAUGCGAAUUGGUGACAUUGACCAUGUUAACAUUGUUUUCCAAUGCUGACCAUAUUUUCUUGCUUCUUUUGAAGCACACAAGUUACAACAUGCCAGCUCAAGUGCUCUCUGUAAUUAAAGCAAAUGGGGCACAAAGCAAACUGCAAGAAAUUCUGAAAUUAAUUUUCACUUAAAGGGUUAGUUCACCCAAACAUUUAAAUUCUCUCAUGAUUUACUUACAGCAUUAAAGUAAUCCACACGACUCCAGUUGAUCAGUUAAUGUCUUCUGAAGCAAAUCGACAGGUUUGUGUCAGAAACAAAUCGAUAAUUAAAAAGUUUUUAACUUUAAACCGUUGCUUCCUGACAGCGCUUUAUUGCUGUUUGAAAUGACCUAACUCUUGCGUGAUGUUCGUUCCUCUGUUGUAUACAAAGUGUUUUUUUUGUUUUUUUUUACACAAACCUAUCGAUUUGCGUCAGAAGACAUUAAUUGAUCGAGUGGAGUCAUGUGGAUUACUUUUAUGCUGCCAAAAAAUGACUUUUGGACCAUCAAACAGCCAGCAGCCUGAUGGCACCCAUUCACUUGCAUUGUAUGAACAAAAAGAAAUCUGAAAUCUGCUUAUAAAAAUCUUCACUUCGGUUCUGUUGAAGAAGGAAAGUCAUACAUAUCUGGGAUGGCUUAAAGGUGAGUAAAUCAUGAGAGGAUUUUCAUUUUUGGGUGAACAAACCCUUUAACAUUUCAUGCUGAUCAUAUCAUUUGUAAUUGAAAAAUCAUAUACUGUAUGCAUUAAAUGAAAAAAAAAAGAAGCAAAAUAGAAGCAUCUCCACUACUGCUCUCACACGUAUGGAGCCCACUUUAUGUUUGAGAAGGUUUGCAUUCACCCAUUAUUGUAGAACAAUACCUGAAACCUCAUUAUUUGACCUGUGCAUUAGUUGAGUAUGUACUACACCUUGUUGACUUUCUCUUUGAUUAUUACUUAUCUACUUAUUUGCCAAUCAUACCAGAAGGUUUGUACAAAAACAUUAACUCCUAAAUAUGUUAGGGCUAUUUUUGGUGCUUUUUUGGAAAAACUACCAAAUUGACCUUCCUUUGUAAUUUCACCCUGUGAAUAAUUUCGAUAUGCCAUAAAAUGCCUCCUAUUUGAGCCACAUACAUGGCCUUCCUUCAAUGAAAAUUGUUGUGUUGUGGACAUUUUAUGGCAUAGAAUGCCAUGAUUUCAGGCCAAACCAUAAUUUAAACCAUUAACAAUAGUUUCCAUUCUAUACAACCACUAAUCUUUCAAUAUUAUAUAAAUUAGAAUGCAAAAUAUGCCCCUCCGCCCCUCAAAUCUAAGAGAGUAAUGAAUUGAGAGUGCUUUCAUUUAUUAACAUGUUAUUUUAUGUUAUCGACGGUUACCGUCGAUUGUGUGCUAAAAAUAAACAAUUAAAAGAGACUGACCUUGAACCUG